CGCCCUCCGCCCUCGCGUGCGCCAGCAGGUCGAGUCCAUCUACCAGAUGAGUGCCUCCGCGCGCUCGAGGAGAGCGGCGGCGACGCGCAGGCUGCCGUCGAGACGCUGCUGCUCGCCGACGGCGGAGCAAGCGGCGGCGCCAACGGCGGCGGGCUCCCCUCUCCGCCGGACCAGCGGGGCGGCGGGCAGCUCCCCCCGCCCGCCACCGCAGAGGAGCUCGCCAUCGACCUGCUGCGGCGCGACGCGCGGGGCGCGUUGGAGCGGGCGUCCCAGGAGGGGUCCCCCCCCCCGUACUGGCUCGGGGAGUGGGUCGGCCGUCUGGGAGGCGGAUUCAACGCGGACCACCCCUCCCUCGCCGACACUCUGCGCGACGAGUACGGCGGCUUCGGCAAGUUUGUGGAGCAGCGGGCCGCGCAGAUCUUGCCCGCCGGCGCGUGGCAGCUCGAGUCGUGGCGAGGCGCACCGGAGCCGACCGCCGGCGCGGCGACGGCGUGGUCUGGCGCCGACAAGCCCUCGGCGUUCGGCGGCGACGGCGGGGGCGGGCCCGACGCGGCGGUGGAGGGGAACGCGAUCUCGCCGCAGCAGGCCAUGGCCGCUGUCGAGGUGCUCAAGGGGCUGUACUUGCUCUACGGCACCGACGCCGACGCGUGGCCGCAGUGGAGCGCAUCCGCGAGACACUCAACCUCGCGCCAGGCGGGCUGGUCAAGAUUGUCAAGGAGGCGCACGCCGCCCUCGGCCUCACGCCGGAGGGCGGCCUCAUCCAGCAGACAGACUUCCUGCUGCUCAAGCUCUUCGGGUAGUCGCCGUAGUACUCCACGCGCCGCGCGCGGGCGGCCCCCGCGCUGGAGGGCACAGCGCCCCCCGCGGGGCCCCCGCGUCGCGGGCGCGUUCGGCCUCUUCUCGACGCGGCGCCUCGUCGCCGCGAUCCCCUUACGUUCCUUUGUGCGUGUGUGGUUGCGCCUUUGUUUCCACUGAGCGUGGGAAACAAGCCGGCACGGGUGGUGUGCGAGCCGCAUACGCAUGUUCCUCUCCUCUGUAUGCAGGGUGGUGUGAGAGUGUGUACAUGGUGUGCUGCAGUGCUCUCGAUGUGCGCAGGCGUGUGGCACGGGAGUGUCUAGUCCCGGCCGAGCGCGCACACGCUGUCUCUUGGUCGUUAAAAGGUAUUUAUUGGUGCUUUUGCC